GCAAGCACAAGCCGCAGUCGGUCAUGUGCCAUCGGUAAGCAAACGUCUUGCCGUUUGCACGCAACAUAACAUACAGACCAAUCAGCUGAUGUUGGUCAUUCGUCGGAGGUUGGACAUAAUACGAUUUCAUAAUGACUACAUUGCGGACCACUACUACAACCGAAUUUCGAAAGCGAGUAUAUUUUGAUGGCUCUCCAUCACACGCUUUCAAUGAAAAAUGCCUAACGCCUUUAAUGAAAGCAUGUAUGUACGGGCGAUCCGAACAAGUCAAACUUAUUCUAGAAGAAAAACCAUUGGCAGUAGUAGAACGAGAUAGUGUUUUUAAGACAGCGUUGCAUUAUUGUGCCGAAAACGACGAGGAAGAUGCAGACUGCGCUAAACUUCUUCUAGAAGCCGACCCAUCUAUAGUCGAUAUACCCGACGACGAUGGUCAUACGGCCCUACAUUUGGCUGUGAUCGCCGGUAAUUUGCCGUUAGUUCGAUUUCUGCUCGUGUCUGGACAGGCCGACCCAAAUAAACGAGAUGCUGAAGGUCACUCGACUGUACAUUGGGCGACAGUAUGCGCCGACGUGGACGCCCUCGAGUUAGUGCUCAGCCACGGCGGCACGACCAGUUCCGCAGACGUUCACGGCGGAUAUGCCAUCCAUUACGCAGCUCAGAUGUGCGGCAACGGAGCGUGUCGUUCGGGCGACGCGCGAAACACCGGUGUCCGCGUGUUGCAGUUGUUACUGUCGUUCGGCGCCGACGUUCACGUGACCGACAAACACGGACGUCAACCAAUUUUGUGGGCGGCCAGCGCGGGUAGUGCGGAUGCUAUCAUAACUUUGGUGAACGGUGGAGCAAAUGUAGAAUCGCACGACAAAGACGGACUGACAGCGUUGCACUGUGCAGCCAGUCGAGGACACGUUGAAUGCGUAGACGGAUUAUUGACGUUGUGCGGAUGCGAAGUCGACGCGGUGGACAGUAACAGUUGUUCGGCUCUUUUCUAUGCCGUGACAUUGGGUCACGCGGACGCGACCGAAAUACUAUUGGAACAUGGAGCUAAUCCCGAUCGACAGGACGGCAAAGGAAGAACGCCAGCUCAUUGUGGUGCAUUCAAAGGCCAAUUAGAAACAGUCCGACUUUUAGCCGAACAUAGUGCCAAUUUAUGGCUGCGAAACUCAAAGGGCGGGUAUCCAUUGCACGACGCAGUGAGGUCGGGUCGCAAGGAGUUAGUACUUUGGCUGAUAUCAAUGCGUCCCGAGUCUGUAGACUAUUAUGAUGAUGACGGUAAACGACCAUUGCAUAUCGCUGCGCUUAACAACAAUUUGGAAAUGAGUAAGAUUAUCUUAGAUAACGGAGCAUCAAUUAAUCCAGUAAUGAAAAUCAAAGGAGAACGAAUGACACCGCUCGAUGUAGCUCUACGAAAAAACAAUAGACAUUUAGCGAAGUUUUUAAAUCUUUUUGGUGGUAAACCAGCUAGCAAGUUAAAUAAAACGUUGUCUAAACAACAAUCGACUGUACGUGUUAAAACUAAAAGAAUUGAAUGUCGUAGAAAUUCAUAUUCAUCCGAUUCAAUUAACCGCAAAUAUCGUAACGGUGGUGGCCGAAAAAAACAACUUAAUUCACGCAAAGUUGAAAGCCCGAAAUCUAACAAAGUAUCGAAGGGUCGUGUUGUUCAAGUGCACAUAAGGGCGAACGUGUUGACGAAAACGGUCGGCAAGUCGCGAGACGACAGAAAGUCGUGCGGCGGCGGCGGCGGUGGUACACUGCCGAAAGCCCAUCGAAAAAAGGCGACGGACGUUGCGAACGAGCAAAAGGAAUGUUUCAGUGAAAACGACAUGUGUUACGGCGGCGACGGUGACGACGACUACGACUACGAUUACGACGAUGACGACGACCACGACAACGACGAUUGUGACGACGACGACGACGGCGGCGACGACUACGACGACGAGGACGACGUUGAUGUUGGCGACGGUGACGAUGACGGUGCGGACGGCGGCUGCGUCGAAGAACAGACAAACGGUUCGGCCGCUGCGGCGGCGGCCGACCAUUGCGGUAACGGCAGACGACUGCAGAGGAACCGGCGUCGCGGUAACAGGAUGGCGACUCGGGCCGGCAAUGGUGGCGGAGGCGGUGGCCGUCAUCGACGCGACAAGGCGGCGGCCAAGGCGAAUACUGCCGCCGACCGACAGCAAGAAUUACGCGCAGACGGCGUCGCAGCUAAAGCGACGUCCGGCGAGGUGGACGGCGGCGGCGGCGGUGGUGGUAACGACAGACCCGUCGGCACGAAUCCUACAACUCCCGGAAAACUCGACAACAAGGACGGCGAGAAACCAAAAACAAACGCGGAAAACGAAGACGCUAACCGCGACGGCAUCCGAUUAAAGGACGGCCAGGCGGCGGAGAAGGUGAAAGUCAAAGACAGCGACGACGUCUUAUUUGACCAGCAGCUUGUUUCGGGGACUGGACCGGAAGUGACGUCGCACAACGACCACGACCAAAGAGUCGACGGUCCGACGACGGCCCUGACGACCGUAGAACCGGAAAUCGGUGGCUUGACGACUGAUGGCCCGUCGUCAGUGACGAAAAGUGGUGCAGCGACUGAUGGUCCGUCAGUGACGAAAAGUGGUGCAGCGACCUCGACGGUGACGAAAGGCGGCGAGACGACAGUGAAAAGCGGUGCGACGGCAAAAGGAAGUGUGGCGGCACGGUCGACGAGCCGCGAGGGCGGAAAAAUGCCGACGACGGGCCAACCUAACAGUGGCAGGGCCAUAGUCGAAGUAUUGGAUCGCGUGGACACGCCACAACUGUCGACCACGGUCGACGGCGACGGCGAUGUCGGGGUGGGAGUCGUUGCCGGAGGUAGAAACUUCGGAAGCGAACCGACGGCGUUCAGUGUGCUGCCGGACUCGGGACGCGACGACGAAAGACCUUGCGAGUGUCCCAAUUGUUGCCGACGGAAACCGUUACGGUCGACUUCGAAAAAAAUGAAAAGCCGAAUUCCUCGUUUGAAUAAUUACUGUAGUUUAGCGCCUACUUCCGAUCUAAACACCAUGUCUGUAACGAAAGCUGUCCAAUUGAGCAGUAGAAAGUAUAAUUUGGAACGAUUGAUUUUUUAUCAACUGUCUGAAUUAAAACGGUUACAAAUCAGAGCGGGAAAAUCCGACGAACGAGUAUUGGUUAAACGGCUGGUUGAAGAGUAUGGUAGUACAGGACUAUUUACUGGAUUGAAAAGAUAUGACGGACCUUUUUCGUUUAAACGUUUCGAAAAAUAUUUAUACGAUCAACUGUUGGUAUUACAAAAACAAUCAUUAGCCGACGACAAAACCACGGUCCCCAGGGUACAAUCAAUCGAUGAAGUGGAAAAACUAGCUGGAGCUUUGCGACGGAUCGACGCCGGAAAAACAGUGUUGGAGAACCCAAACGAUUGUCUAUCGUGCAUCCGGACCACAAACAGGUGUUUUCACGCCACUCACGCAUACACUGGUGUACCUUGUGCCGCAUAUAUACCGAAAUUCCGAUUGGAUCACCAUAGCAUGCCGAAACCGCCGGCCGACGACGGUCGUCGCCACCGCUUCCUGCCGGACAUCCGAACGGGCCAGGACACAUCCGGCGGGGCCACCACGCGGUGCCUGCGCAACGUGGACCCGUCCAGACCGAUCACGCUGCAGCUGGGCAACGGGCCCUGCGCCCAAGCCAUCGACUUGCCCACCGACAAGUUGGACAAGAACAGGCGGUACUUCGUCACGUUCACGAUCAAGGGCGCUGCGGAUGGCACGCAUAACAAACACCGCCCACCGGCACCACCCGCGUUCCGGGCCGACGGUCGCCGCGGCCACGGCGUCGACUGCAAUCCGCCGCUCGCCCACACUCACGCCAAAAGCUUUUAGCAUUUUAAUUAAAUUAAUUUUUUUUUUUUUUAUCCAAUUGUAACUGCAGCGGAAGUGAACCUCACACCGGACGUUUGCGGUUCGAACGGCGCUCGCCGGAUAGUUUUAAAUACAGCCAGACGUCCACCGCAGUACGGAUAAUAUAAUAUUCUGUAAUAUGCAAACUGCGUUCGACGACGCCGCUAAAAAGCUAAAGAUUUGAAACUCGGCUGGUCACCAAUGCCAUGUUAUAUUAUCGAAAUUUAUCGAAUCGGUAAAGUCGUCACUUGUCAUACGCACAGACGCUCUAUUGAUUUAUGACUAAAAUAUUAGAUUUUGACGCGAUAUUUUUCUACUGUUUGGCCGCAUCCUGUUGCGUUUGUCUUACACGCGGACGAUAUAGCGAAUUUGCGUUCAGCAAUUUUAAUUUUGUGUUGUUAGAUAUAAUAUUAGAUGAAAUUGGCCUAUAAUAAUAUAUAUAUAUAAUAUUAGGUAAAUGUAUUCUAGUAUUAAAGCUAACAUCACAAAAUGUGUUCUGCUGAACGCAAGUUUGCUAAAAUGUACCUACGUUAGUAAGACCGAGACAACAAAUGAGGGUAAAACAUCCUCUUAAAAAUAUGGCUCGACCAAUCUUAUAAAUAUGCAUAGUAUAGACCGUUCAUGAAAAAUACGAGUCUAGACAAUCUAGUUAUCAAAACGUAAUAGGUAUUAGUGUAUUAUUACCAGCAAACCGUACGCGAAUCUAGAAAUCAGAAAUGGGUUAGCUAUACAUAUUCUCCGGAAAAAAUACGAUUAUAUUUUUACAAUAUAAUAUAUUAUGUUAUAUACGAUUUGAUAACAAUAAGUAUAAAGAUUAACGAUUUGAUUUA